AUGUCAUCAUCAGUUCCUUAUGAUCCCUUUGUGCCCAAUUCGGAGCAAAUUGAUAACACCGUGGAUAUCAUGCGUGAUAACAUAAAUAAGGUUGCAGAAAGAGGUAACCGGUUAGAUUCAAUUGAAAACAAAACUGACUCACUUGCUAUCAGCGCUCAAGGUUUCAGGCAAGGUGCCAACAGAGUCAGAAAGGAUAUGUGGUGGAAAGAUAUGAAAAUGAGAUUGUGUUUGAUCAUUGCUGUUAUCAUCUUAAUUGUUGUGAUUGUUGUUCCUAUUGCCGUUCACUUCAGUUGA